AUGCAAUUCAACAGUGUCGUCAUCAGCCAACUUUUGCUGACUCUAGCCAGUGUCUCAAUGGGAGCUUCAACCGCUUUCAAGGAGCACCACCAGCACCAAAGAGCUACUCUAGAGAAGAGAGCUACUACCUGCAAAUUCCCCACUGACAAAAACUUGGUCGCUGUUACACCAAACUCCAAAAAUGGAGGCUGGGCUCUGAGUCCAGACCAGGAGUGCACAGCAGGUUCUUAUUGUCCUUAUGCUUGUCCACCAGGCCAGUUGAUGGCUCAAUGGGACCCAUCGGCCACUUCCUAUUCUUACCCAGAGUCUGAGCGUGGUGGUAUCUACUGUAACGAAAAUGGUGAGAUCGAGGUUCCAUUCUCCAGCAAAGACUGGUGUUACUCAGGUAAGGGAACUUUGCAAGCCAGCAACAAAGCUGGAUCCAACGUUGCCUUCUGUCAGACCGUCCUUCCAGGAAACGAAGCUAUGUUGAUUCCAACCAACGUUGACGGAGGUUCCACCGAGGACCUUGCUAUUCCAGGUACCGAGUACUGGGCUUCAACUGCUGCACACUACUACAUCAACCCACCUGGAGUUUCCACCGAAGACGGUUGUGUCUGGGGUUCCACUGCCAACCCAUACGGUAACUGGUCUCCUUACGUUGCCGGUGGAAACGUCGACGACUCUGGUAACUCCUUCGUCAAAAUUGGUUGGAACCCAAUUUACUUGGAAGAUGCUACUCCUUUCAAAAACACUAAGCCUGACUUCGGUGUCAAAAUCACCUGUUCCGAAGGUCAGUGUAAUGGACUUCCAUGUGAAAUCGAUCCUUCCAAGAACGGCGUUAACGAGGUCUCAAGUUCUCAAAGCUCAAAUGGUGCUGGAGGUGCCAACUCUUGUGUUGUCACUGGUUCUAAAGGAGCCAAAGUUACCAUUGAAGUUUUCAGUACUGGUGGUGUUUCUAAGAGAGAAGAAGUCCCAAUUCAGAGUCUCUUGUCUAACAAAGACUCCUCUUCCAACCAUACCAACUCUACUCCUGUUGUUGAUCCUAUCAACUCUGGUGUUUCUCUCAGUGCCGCUAGCCCAGUGGUUGUUAUGACUCUUGUCGCUUUGACCACUUUCCUUUUCUGUUAA